GAGGGAAAACUGAGAAGCCAUGGAUUUUGAGAGCUGAGGUUUUACUAGGGCUUUACCUGUUCCCUAAUGAUUUCUCCAGAAAACUAAAAUAAACAACUGAUAAAACCUUGGAGUAUAAGAGAAGAAGGAGAAGAAGAAUCAAAGUAAUAGGCUAAUUUGCAGAAAUUCCAGACAAAUAUGAAGAAUAUAUGGCGAGCGAAUUCCAUAAGCGAUGCCGCGAGAUCCGCGAGAUUCCUCUGGCAAUCAUCUGCAUCAUUUUCAUCCAAGUCUCUCCAAAGCACCACUAACAUUUCUUCGUCUAUUCUCAGCAGCAGCCGCCAUUCUUCUAGUUCCAAUCUUCCUCCUGCUCUUUCUUCUCCACUAUUCGCCAUUUCUGUUCGCCAUCUCCGCACCGGUCGGGAACCCAGCACCGGCUAUGAGAUAACGCCGCCGAUGAACUGGGGUAUCCGCAUUGUGCCGGAGAAGAAGGCGUACGUGAUUGAGCGAUUCGGUAAAUACGUGAAGACUUUGCCGUCUGGAAUUCAUUUCCUGAUUCCCUUUGUGGAUCGGAUAGCUUACGUUCAUUCGCUCAAGGAGGAGGCUAUUCCCAUCCCUGACCAGUCUGCAAUCACCAAGGAUAAUGUCAGCAUCCUCAUCGAUGGCGUCCUAUAUGUCAAGAUCGUGGACCCUAAAUUGGCUUCUUAUGGUGUUGAGAACCCUAUCUAUGCCGUCAUUCAGCUUGCCCAAACUACCAUGCGUAGUGAGCUUGGUAAGAUAACCCUGGACAAGACCUUUGAAGAAAGAGACACGCUAAAUGAGAAGAUAGUGGAGGCCAUCAAUAUAGCUGCAAAGGACUGGGGUCUCCAAUGCCUGCGUUAUGAAAUAAGGGAUAUAUCUCCACCUCGUGGCGUGAGAGCAGCUAUGGAGAUGCAAGCAGAAGCAGAACGUAAAAAGAGGGCACAGGUUCUUGAAUCUGAAGGAGAAAGACAGGCUAAUAUUAAUAUUGCUGAUGGUAAGAAAAGUGCUGUCAUCUUAGCAUCUGAAGCAGCAAAAAUGGAUCAGGUUAAUCGAGCACAAGGUGAAGCAGAAGCAAUACUCGCGAAGGCACAAGCAACGGCGAAAGGACUUGCCUUGGUUUCGCAUGCCAUUAAAGAAAGUGGAGGAGUAGAGGCAGCAAGUUUGAGAAUAGCGGAACAAUACAUCCAGGCAUUUAGUAACAUUGCCAAGGAGGGUACUACAAUGCUGCUUCCGAGUGCUGCUGCCAAUCCUGCCAAUAUGAUUGCCCAAGCCCUUACUAUGUAUAAAUCCUUGGUAAACAAUGUUUCUUCUACUGAUCAUCGGGAAAUUUCACCCGCUGCAUUAUCCGAGGAUGUACAGGGCAAUGCAUCUUCUGGAGAAACCAGGAAAGAAAGCUUUACAACCGCGGGAAUAGUUAAUAAGGGUCAUCAUGUUGAGCCUGCAUUUUCGCUUCAGAGUCCGGAGAAGAAAGAGUAGGUUUUUAUACUGCGGAUUUUGGAUCAAAGCACUGUGUUACUAGCUUUUCUGUCAGUAGGUAGCCACUGCAUUUUUCUCUAAUGUUCUUCAAAAGAAAUGUACCACUGUCGUUGGUAGAAUGAUUUUUUUAUAAAGAAAAAAGGAGUUUCUGUUUUCAUUCUUUUUCGGGUUUGCUAAUAGAGCUGCUGUCGCUCGGGUCGAGAUAGGAUGUCUUUUUUGGCAACAGUGCCACAAUAGAGAUAAACAGUAAGUCAAAAAAUCCUUCAGCGAAAUUAAGAUUUGCUGAAAUGUCUUCAAACUUUUUACUUCUCAAUUGUAAGAAGAUACUUUUUCAUCGAACAUGGUAGAAGUCUCCGGGAUAGGAUGAGGCUCAAUUUCAAAUGCGAGAUGUUCAGUCAUUUAGCCA